CUGACAAAAGGCAAUGAUAAUGCAAAAACCGUUCAAAUGUCAGGGUUCAUAAUUUUCUUUUUUUAAUAUUACAUGAUUUAUGAUGUUUUAGUUGUUUCUCUCCACAUGCCACAUGGGGCGUCAGAGGCACCACCUUGUCCACGCCCAGGUCACGUGACGUGCGAGCUGUGAGCCAAUCAGGAGCGAGGAGGAGAAACAGCUGACGGUGAACAACAACAACACACACACACACACACAUAGACACACAGAGAGAGAGAUGUCUUCUCCUGCAGGUGGUGGUGUGUAGUGGACUCUCUUCACGUAUAGCUCUCUAACUCUCAGACGGUGCUGGUGUCUCUGGCUCUUCUGCAGAGGUUCAUGUUUGUUGGUAGCUGCUGUGAAAAGAGCUGAGGCGGAGGAGGAGACCUGGACUCAUCCAUCAUCUCCAAAAACCAGCCAAAACCACAAUGGCACCGUCUCUCAUCCGAGCUUGCCGCAGUCUGGCUCUCUCGACGUGGCUGCUGUCGUUUUGUUUCGUGCACUUGCUGUGCCUGGACUUCACGGUGGCAGAGAAAGAGGAGUGGUACACCGCCUUCGUCAACAUCACCUACCUGGACCCCGUCACUUCGGAGGUCCGGACGGAGAAAACCGAGUGCGGUCGCUAUGGAGAGCACUCGCCCAAGAAGGAAGCGCGAGGUCUGGUGCUGGUGCCGUCCAGCCUGCAGGACAGACAGGCGUGCGACCCAAACGUUCGGUUCCCUCCGGUGCCUGGCAACACCGCCUGGGUGGCGUUGGUGGCUGCGGGUAACUGCACAUACCGAGAGAAGAUCCGUAACGUGGCCAACUACAACGCCUCUGCGGUGGUCAUCUACAAUGUGGGCUCCAGCAACGCCAACGACACCAUAACAAUGCCCCAUCCAGGUACAGGUGAAGUCGUGGCCAUCAUGAUCCCAGAGCCUAAAGGUCGAGAGAUUGCGGUUUUGCUGGAGCAGCAAAUCAUGGUCACGGUGCACAUCUCCAUAGGAACCCGCAACCUGCAGAAGUACGUGAGCAGGACGUCGGUAGUGUUUGUCUCCAUCUCCUUCAUCGUCCUCAUGAUCAUCUCCCUCGCCUGGCUCGUCUUCUACUACAUCCAGAGGUUCCGCUACGCUAAUGCACGAGACCGCAACCAGAGACGUUUGGGGGACGCUGCCAAAAAGGCCAUCAGUAAGCUGCAAGUACGCACCAUUAAGAAAGGAGACAAGGAGACAGAGUCAGACUUUGACAACUGUGCAGUUUGCAUUGAAGGUUAUAAGCCUAAUGAUGUUGUGAGGAUAUUACCAUGCAGGCAUAUCUUCCAUAAGCACUGUGUAGACCCGUGGCUACAAGACCACCGGACGUGUCCCAUGUGUAAAAUGAACAUCCUUAAAGCCUUGGGAAUUCCACUCAACGCAGACUGUUUAGAUGACGUUCCUCCAGACUAUGAGACAUCUGUCGGGGGUCCACCCACCAACCCCAUCAGCGGGGCGAGUGAAAUCACAGUCAACGAGAGCUCGGUGGUUCUGGAUCCAGCUGGAAGAGCGAUGGACCUAGAGCAGCUCCACCCUGAUGAAGAGACAGAACUUCAGACGGGGGAGAGCCACACCCUCGCCAGCAGCGGCCACCAGCCUCCACUCAGCAGUGAUUCAGACACUUCUAUCAUGGAGGUAGGCAUGUCUGAAGUCUACCUGUCCAGGGCGCAGGAAUCUGAUCGGGGCAAAUCCUGAGUCAAUGCAAGCUGAGAAAAAAGCAUGAAUCACCAGGAAAAGGAGGACAAAAGCAGGACAAAGUGACCGGGGCCCCAGAGAUUUGCCACGUCUUUGGCCACCUGGAGGAAGUGACUUCUCAGAAGAUGGGCAAAUGAGCAACAUAGCAGCACAAAAACACCCGAAAAAACGACCGAAAAACAGAUUUGUCCCGGCAUCUGUGGUCGUGUUGCUUGCUCGUUUUCUAGCAGUCACACCUCACCAUUUUGUUGGUUUGAUUGCCACGCCAACCAGACAGCCAAUCACAGCUCUCACAUUGUGGUGGCCCAGUUUUUGUCACACGUAAUCUUUUCACAUCCUUAAAGGUGCUCUAUACGAUAUUCAGAGACUCAAUGUAGCAGUAAACAACUAUUUGCUAUGUAAAGAUAAUGAGGAGUAAUGUCUGCCUGAGCAGAGAAUGAAGUAUCUCUCCCUCUGUGUGUGUUGUAAUUGGAGCUUCUUCAGUCAGCAGUGUUGACCUCGCCGGGCAGGCUGCGCGUGCCUUUUAGUGCAUGUUAGUGCUAGCUCACGGCCGCCGCUCUCCACUGCGCUCAAACGGCAGUUACAGCUGAUAAAGGCAUCCUGACAACACGUUCUUCAAAACCAUUAUAGUUACACUUAGCGUCACUUUAGGUUUAGACUUAAAACUACUACGUUUGUAAAGUGAAAAUGACACUGAAUGUUGUGAACACGGGACAUGAAAGUGAAACUUAGCACACGGGACACGAAUAGCGGUCUCCUGGAUAAAAGUCUU